ACACGGGACAUGUCUAUUUGAAGUCAGCCAGUUUACAGAGUAUUGAAAGGGAAACCUCUCCAAUUAAACACCAUGCUUCCAUCUGCAGCCGAGUUAGUGGCGCGGUUUCUGAGAGCUAAUGGAUACACACAGACGUUGAGCAGCUUCGUGCAGGAAGCCGAACUGCCUCCUGACAUUGGCGCAGCUCCUAAUGACCUGGUCACGAUUGAGUCUGUCUUGCAAGAGAAGAAGAAAUUCGAUCUUAGUCUCAACUUUGAAAAGCUUGGUAUCGAUGACACCGAGCAAGAAUGGACUAUCCAAGCACCUGCCGAUCCGAAGGUCGUAGGAACUCUCCCAAAUCGGUCGAAUAUACUUAGCGUAGCGGUCUUGGAUCUUUUGCUACCAUCUACAACAGACGUUCGGCAGUUCAUUGCGGUCACUACUGCUGAUCGUCACUUACACUUGAUGGAUCCGCAAACUCAAGAGUUUGAGCUUGCUCACACAUUUUCCGGUUUCCAAGAUUCGCCGACUUUGGAUGUCGUACCUGUAGAUACUCAACAUAUCUUGAUCGCCUCAAUGUCAGGCAAGCUGACUCUAUUCAAUACGGCCAGCAGCACUGUGAUAGAAGAACGCAAGGACCACAACAAGUAUCUCGUCAAGAUAUCGACCUUUUCUGCAGACGGGACUUCCAUAUUCGUCGCAAGCGCAGGCUGGGAUGCUAAAGUGUUCCUAUACAAGCUCGAUAUCAGCGCCGAAAAGCCAAGGCUCGGGGACCCGAUAGCAACUUUAACAUUACCGAGUAUACCAGAAUCAACCAUGUUUGUAACAUUGCCUGGAGAUGGCUCGCCAGCCCUCAUAGUUGCUAGAAGAGACUCUACAUUCCUGCACUAUUACUCCGUUCCCAGUUCAGAUUCACCAAAUUUCACCCUUUUAGGGAAGCAAAACCUUGCUCCUCACUCAAACGCUUGGGUGGCUUUUACUCCCUCUGAUAUACAGAUUUGCCCUACGAAUCCAUACAUGGUCGCUGUUGCCACAUCGAGCACGCCACACAUGAAGUUGCUGAUAGUAAAGCUUCUACUCCCCCCAACACGCUCUUCUGGACCCGCUGCGGGUGUUGAUGCACACUCCGAUGUAGCCAUCACACAAGCGUCACAAGCUCGGGCUGAACUGGCUGUUGCGGAUAAGGAGGAAGCCGCCAUAUUAGUCAACGUAUCCACUCUGGCGCCACAAACAUCUUACUCAACGCCACGCUUGGUUUGGCGUCCGGACGGUUCAGGUGUGUAUGUAAGCUCUGAUGACGGGGUCGUACGCGGUAUCGAGGCAAAGAGCGGGAAACUAGUUUCAUCUCUAGAGGCACACGACCCUGGUUCCAAACUCCGUUGCCUCUGGUCUGGUCACAUAGUAAACAAUGACGAAAAGGGCGAGUACCUGAUAAGCGGUGGAUUCGACCAAAAGCUCAUUGUUUGGAGAUCUCAUUGAGUUGACAACAUUCCCGGCUGUCUGUAUUUGUCAAUUUUCGGACUGGCUUCGUUACUACGAGCCAAUGCCUGACUGAUGCGAAGCGGCCUUCUGCAUCAGAGACAAGACAUCCCAUAUCCGGAUUACUUAUAGCUGUUAAAACAAAACGAGUCUGCGUUUUUCACAAGUGGAGCCUCUGUACAGAGCGAGGAGGAGCCGGUCGCAGACUUUGUUGAUUAUGUAAAUUAGAAUCUGCGGGUUGUUUAUAAAUGUCACAAUAUUAUUGACCAUGAUUGUUAGAGUGUCAA